CCCCGUAUUUUUUGAGACAAUGGCCAACCUCCUCAAGCUCACCACCAUUUUCUUCCUCAUGAUACAUUCACUCCUAGCUCUGCAUUUUCAAAUGGCCUUCUCAUCGUCGGAGCUCGAAAACAAUGAUGAAGUGUACGUAAUCGACUCCCCGAAUCCCAACUUUAGAUCAAGAAGCAGGUUCUUGGCCAGCAUCAUCAAAAAAGGUGCACAAUGUAACCCAAUCAAGAACAUUUGCAAUGGGAUUUCUGCAAACAAAGGGACCGGCAUUCUCUAUUGCUGCAAGAAACAUUGCCGAAAUGUUCUUAGCGAUAAGAACAAUUGUGGAAAAUGUGGGAAUAAAUGCAAGUUUGGAAUGCGUUGUUGCAAUGGAACUUGCAUGAAUACUAUUUCGGAUGCCAACAACUGUGGCAAGUGUGGUAAAAAAUGCAAGUAUGGGGUUAAAUGUGAGUAUGGAUACUGUGGGUAUGCUUAGAAAUAUAUAUUCAUUGUUAAUAAUAAAUAUGAUGUGGUG